AUAUCGGAAAUUUGUGAACCCUACACAGAACUGGAGGAGGUUUUGAAUUGGCGUUCGUCAUCCAUUUCGGAUCUCUCUUGGCGCUCCUUUCACUUCCUAGGGUUUACCCUCUUCCAGUUGCUUUGCAAAAUUUUCUCCUUUAUUAGUCGCUACUUUUGCUAAUCUCCACUAGAUGCACUUUCCUCCAUCUUCACCCUAUAACUCCCUCUCUCAUCGAUUUUUUUCACACACAUACCGGGUUGUUUCAGCUGCAUUCUGUGGACGAAUUUUCAGAUAGAAAUUUUGUUACUUUGGUUGGUUGUAGAUGAAUUGAGAGUGAUGAAACUUUACAAUCUGUAUGGUGUUAUAGGUUCUACGUUGAUUGAGACAUUCUCCGAUUCAAAAGCAUUUUCGAAAAGGGACUAAGAUGCUAACAAGACCUGUUUCGAGGCUUAAUACUACUUCAUACUCUGGUGUUCAGAAAGCAAUAGCCGCUGGACAUCAAAGUGGGCUGUGCUAUAUAAACAGUUUGCUGCUUGGACGAGGGGAAUUGUCAUCGAAGGAUUGCCGGGUGUCUCAUUCCUUGCCAUAUUCCACAUUUUCAAUAUCAAAACCUUUGAAUUUUUCACCAACAUUCCUGUCCAAUAGAAAAUCUAUGGCUGCUUCUAGUGCUAAAUCUGUCUCUAGAGAUGUCUAUCUUGAAAAUUUAGUCACAAACCGUAGAAACGGUUUAGAGCUUGCAACACCUGUGCGAGUGUUCAAUCAUAGAAGUUAUGGAAAUUUCCAGAAAGCUCGUACGAGUUUGAGAAGGAAACAAGCAUCCAAUAAUUGUCUAACCUCUCACAGUUCAAUUGAUCUAAUGCGUGUGAAGGGCAACUGCUUUCUACAAGUUGGAUUGACCAAUCUUCAUGCCUUACCUCAUGCAUGCUAUGCUGCUGGAACUGCUAAUUCUCCGGCUUUUGACAGCAAUUCUCGUGAUGAUCAGUUCCCAAACUCCACCACUUUGUCAAGCAAAGGUAUAUUAGGUGAAAGAACUUUGAAGCUGCUUUCAGGGUCAUGCUAUCUUCCCCAUCCUGAUAAAGAAGAAACGGGAGGAGAGGAUGCUCACUUUAUUUGUGUGGAGGAACAUGUAGUUGGUGUUGCAGAUGGUGUAGGUGGUUGGGCAGAUGUUGGGAUUGAUGCUGGGAAGUUUGCUCGUGAACUUAUGUCAAACUCGAUAAAUGCCAUACAGGAGCAGCCUGGGGAAUCAGUUGACCCUGCCAAGGUGUUAGAGAAAGCUCACUCCGGCACUACAGCUAAGGGUUCUUCAACAGCCUGCAUCAUAUGUCUUUCUGAAAAGGGACUCCAUGCUAUCAAUCUGGGGGAUAGUGGAUUCAUAGUUAUAAGAGAUGGAAGCACUAUUUUCAGAUCCCCCGUUCAGCAACACGGCUUCAAUUUUACUUAUCAGUUGGAGAGCGGCAAUGGUGGUGAUUUACCCAGCUCUGGAGAGGUUUUUAUGAUACCUGUCGCACUGGGAGAUGUCAUAGUUGCCGGAACGGAUGGCUUAUUUGACAAUCUAUACAGUAAUGAGAUUUCAGCUGUUGUAGUUAAUGCAGUUAGAUCUGGGUUGGAACCUGAAGCAACCGCUCAAAACAUAGCUGCUUUAGCACGCCAAAGAGCACUUGAUAGGAACCGACAAACCCCAUUUUCUGCUGCUGCCCAAGAGGCUGGUUAUCGCUACUACGGUGGUAAGCUGGACGAUAUCACUGUUGUUGUCUCAUACAUAACAAAUUUCACAAGUACAUGAUUGAGUGCAAGCUCUCUUACUACAAUGGAACCUGGUUGAAAUGUAUUUUAGUGCAACAUAAUGGUGAGUGUGAGGAUUGACAAUCUUUGGUCCCAGUUUUUCUUCCAUGGAGUGCAGUUGACGAAGCUGAAGAAUGGUUUUUUAAUUCAAUCAUCGUUCGCAAAUUUACUAAGGUUCCUGUAAACUCCUUUCACGUUUUAGUUUAGAAGCAGUCUUUAGGCAGAUGAUAGAUGUUACUUUAGAUUUUUAAGUAAAGAAACAGCGGUAGCAUCCCCCACUGAUUGAUGCAAUCUCUUGACGUUCUUGCUUCUAGUGAAUGAAUUGACUCGAUUAAUAUGGUUUUA